AUGCUGAAGCUGACAAAUGAAAGCACCAUCGAUAAUAUUGUCGGUAGUUAUCUUCGGCAAGAGGAUCGCAACUUUGCGCUCUUCAACUACGUCAGCGAGAUAAAUGGCCAGAUUGAAGAGUUAGUCAACGAGAAUGAAUCGCUUGCCAAGCAAAUUACUGACUAUCGUGAGUGGAUGACGGACGCCAUUGGAAAGAAAAGAGCCGAACUUGGAACACUGCAUGAACAAAAUGACGUGACAAAUAAUGUCAAGGAGAAAGUCUUGGCAAAACUGGAAAAGACGAAGGCCACACUUGAGGAGAUGGCACAAAUGGUUGAGGCACUUGCGACGGGCCUUACCUGUGAUCGGACCCCACUUACACGCCGUCUGGCAGCCAAUCCGAAGGUUACAACCGAGACACUCCUCGACUAUCUGGUUUUGAUAGAGAGCCGAAUAAAUGAAAUGCUUUUGGUACGCCAGUUUCUUGCCCAGAACGAUUCAGACGCACCCUUCAUCUCCAAGGCCAUUCUCAUUGGCGGAAAUCUGAGCGCGCCGGGUUCUUUGCCACCAACCAUCAUUCCUCCGAAUGUGCAUACAGAUUUUGAAGAAGGUAAGUCUGGUUAA